CACGGCGACCUGGUGCGGGAGGAGUUGGCCAUGGUGCAGGGCGCGCUGGAGCUGCGCACCAAGGUGGUGGAGGACGUGCUGACACCGCUGGCCGACUGCUUCAUGCUCCGUGCCGAUGCCGUGCUGGACUUCGCCACCGUCUCUGAGAUCCUCCGCUCCGGCUACACCCGCAUCCCCGUCUACGAGGGAGACCGUCGCGACAACAUUGUCGACCUGCUCUUCGUCAAGGACCUGGCCUUUGUCGACCCCGAUGACUGCACCCCCCUGCAGACUGUCACCCGCUUCUACCGCCGCCCGCUCCACUGCGUCUUCAACGACACGCGCCUCGACACGCUGCUGGAGGAGUUCAAGAAGGGAAAGUCCCACCUGGCCAUCGUGCAGCGGGUGAACAACGAAGGGGAAGGGGACCCGUUCUACGAGGUGAUGGGCAUUGUCACCCUGGAGGAUGUCAUUGAGGAGAUCAUCAAGUCCGAGAUCCUGGAUGAGACGGAUCUGUACACGGACAAUCGGAAGAAGGAGCGGGUGCCCCACCGGGGACGCAAGCCCCAGGACUUCUCCAUCUUCAGGCUCUCGGACAGCGAGAUGAAGGUGAAGAUCUCCCCGCAGCUCCUCCUGGCUACACAUCGGUUCAUGGCAACAGAAGUGGAGCCUUUCAAGUCCCCCUACCUCUCUGAGAAGAUCCUGCUGCGACUGCUGAAACACCCCAAUGUCAUCCAGGAGCUCAAGUAUGAUCGAAAGAACAAGAAGGCGGCAGAGCAUUACCUCUACCAGCGCAACCGUCCCGUCGACUACUUCGUCCUCAUCCUGCAGGGGAAAGUGGAGGUGGAGGUUGGCAAGGAAGGAUUGCGGUUUGAGAACGGGGCAUUCACCUACUACGGUGUCCCCGCCAUCAUGGCUGUCAUCUCCUCAGAUAACGACGUACGGAAAGUGGGCAGCCUGGCUGGAUCCUCCUUCCUACUGCCCGUCUCAGUGUCCCGUACCUUUGCCUUCAGCAGAGGGGACUCCCUGGCUGGCUCUCCAGUGAACAGGUCACCGUCACGGUGCAGUGGGCUCAACCGCUCCGAGUCCCCCAACCGGGAGCACAACGACUACGGGGGCAGCACCACACAGCUCCACAGCAGCAGCAACAACAUCUACACCCCCGACUACUCCGUGCACAUCCUCUGCGACGUGCAGUUUGUCAAGGUCACCCGGCAGCAGUACCACAACGCACUGGUGGCCAGCCGCAUGGACAGCUCACCCCAGUCCCCUGACAUGGAGGCCUUCGACAGAGAUUCAACCAAGGCCUCGACCACGCGGGGAACCCCACAGACACCCAAGGAAGAUGCCACCACCCUCCUGAACGAGAGGAACAGCGUCAUGUGCAGCCGCUCCGAGGGGCUGCGCAGUCCCAGCGAGUCAGUGUUCCUGCGCAUGGAGGGCAUCCCCUUCAUCCAGGAGGAGCUGGCUGACAACGAGGAGAACAGCAAGCAACAGAGGCUGCGAUGCCCCGGGGCACUGCAGCCAGGCUGGGCUUUUGCAGACAGUGAGUGCUGCAGCACCGUGCUGGAGGCAGAGUCCCCGGGAAAAGAGGCCGGGGCCAGCUCAUCGCCAAGCAGCUCCGAGGAGACGCUGGGCAGGAGGCUGCUGAGAUCCCUCAGUGGGCGCAAGCAGCGGCCAUCGCCGGAGGGUGAGAAGACGCCAGAGGAGAGCUCCAAUCUCGCCCCGUUAGUCACCUGA